AGUGGUGUUGUGAAGCUGAAUAAAGCUCUGAAGAAGCAAAUGCGGAAGGAGAAGAAACGGCUAAAAAAAGAGGCGAAGAAAGCCAAAAAAGAAGAAAAGCGGCUUAAGCGGAUGAUAAAGAAAGAGGAGGCGAUACUGCAAGAACCAGUUCCGGAAAGCUCGUGGAAAGACCAGAAAAAAAUGAUUGAUUCCGGACCGAUUACGAAGGAAGAAAUUUAUGGCCACAAUGAACAUUUCAAUUUCGGGAAGCCCGAUUUCGAGAAAGCGGACUGGCGUGACAUUGAGAUUUGGAAAGCGGUGCGCGAAAAAGAGAAACAAGAAAAGGGAGAGAAAGAAACUAACUGGAAAGAGGAAGAGCAUUACCUUCCUUCCAGGUUUCGCAGAGAAUAG